GAUCGUUGGCCUGUAGUGGGGGUGUUGGGCCCGUUGCCCGGCCUAGGCCCGGCCCGGCCCUGCUGUCCCCAUGGUGAUGGCGGCGAUGGCGGCGGCGCGGCUCCUGCAGCGCUGGGUGAGGAGCGGCCUCAAACUGAAAUGGUUUUGUGCUCUGACAUGCAUAAGAAAUGCUACAACAGGCAGCUGCAGAAUCGAGAAAGUACUUAUUGCAAAUCGAGGCGAGAUUGCCUGCAGGGUAAUGAGGACAGCAAAGAAGAUGGGUGUUCGCUCUGUAGCUGUUUACAGUGAAGCAGACAAAAACUCCAUGCAUGUCUCAAUGGCUGAUGAAGCUUACCAUAUCGGUCCUGCAGCUUCCCAGCAGAGCUACCUAAAUAUGGAAAAGAUUAUACAAAUAGCCAAGCAAACAAAAUCACAGGCCAUCCACCCAGGCUAUGGGUUUCUUUCUGAAAACACAGAGUUUGCAGAAUGGUGUAAAAAAGAGGACAUCAUUUUCGUUGGCCCUCCUUCCACGGCUAUUAGGGAUAUGGGAAUCAAGAGUACAUCGAAGGUCAUAAUGUCAGCUGCUGGUGUGCCUAUAGUAGAAGGUUACCAUGGAGAUAAUCAAACUGAUCAACAGUUAAUGGAGGAGGCCAAUCAAAUUGGCUACCCUGUGAUGAUAAAAGCAGUCCGAGGGGGAGGUGGUAAGGGUAUGCGCAUUGCUCAGACAAAGGCUCAGUUUCUUGAGCAAUUGGAAUCUGCACGAAGAGAAGCAAAGAAAUCCUUCAAUGAUGAUAUUAUGUUGCUCGAAAAAUUUGUGGACAAUCCAAGACAUGUAGAAGUGCAGGUUUUUGGGGACCAGCAUGGCAAUGCUGUCUAUUUGUUUGAGAGAGACUGCAGUGUACAAAGGAGACAUCAAAAAAUCAUUGAAGAAGCACCUGGGCCUGGAAUUAGUCCUGAGGUGAGGAGAAGACUUGGUGAAGCUGCAGUCCAGGCGGCUAAAGCUGUAAAUUAUGUUGGAGCUGGGACAGUGGAAUUCAUCAUGGAUUCUCAACAUAAUUUUUAUUUCAUGGAGAUGAACACGAGGCUGCAGGUGGAGCAUCCAGUCACAGAGAUGAUAACGGGAACUGACCUUGUUGAGUGGCAGCUCCGGGUUGCUGCUGGUGAAAAACUUCCAAUGUCACAGGAAGAACUUUCUAUCAAAGGUCACGCAUUUGAGGCAAGAAUUUAUGCUGAAGAUCCAGACAAUAACUUUAUGCCAGGAGCCGGCCCUCUCCUGCAUUUGUCAACACCUGCACCAGAUGCUUCUAUAAGAAUUGAGACUGGAGUCAGACAAGGUGAUGAAGUUUCAGUGCAUUAUGAUCCAAUGAUUGCUAAACUGGUGGUCUGGGGAGAUGAUCGUACGGCAGCAUUAAAUAAAUUAAGAUACUGUUUGCGUCAGUACAAUAUUGUAGGUUUAAGCACAAACAUAAAUUUCCUGUUCAACCUGGCUGCUCAUCCUGAAUUUGAGGCGGGAAAUGUCCACACAAAUUUUAUCCCUCAGCACUCUGAUGGACUGUUCCCAGCAAAGGAAGCUACAAGUAAAAUUGCUCUCUGUCAGGCGACUCUUGCUUUAAUUCUACAAGAAAGAAUUCAAACAAACACUUUCAAAGCACUUUCACAUGAUCCAUUUUCCCCAUUUGCAGACAGCAGUGGAAGAAGGUUAAAUAUUCUGUACAAGCGAAAUCUGACAUUAAUUGAAGGACAGAAUCAGGUGAAUAUUGAUGUUGCUUAUAACAAUGAUGGGACAUAUAGAAUUCAGAUUGAUGGACAGGUUUUCCAUGUAUCUGGAAAACUUACGACAGAGCGAGAUAUCACAUACUUGGAGUCAUCAGUAAAUGGGAUUCUUUCAAAACCUAAAGUGGUGAUCACAGACAACACCAUUCACCUGUUUUCAAUGGAAGGGUCUGUGCAGCUCAGUAGCCCUGUGCCAAAGUACUUGGUUGCAGUCGACGCCUAUGGAGCUGAGGGAGCAGCCGUUGCACCAAUGACUGGGACUAUAGAAAAGGUGUUCAUUAAUGAAGGUGACCAUGUACAAGCUGGAGAUCCAUUAAUGGUAAUGAUAGCCAUGAAAAUGGAGCAUACAAUAAAAGCUCCAAAGGAUGGGGUGAUUGAGAAAAUUCUGCACAAAGAGGGUUCCCAAGCUAACCGACAUGCUCCAUUGGUAAAAUUUGUGGAAAAUGGUUCACAAUGAAUUUAAAUCAAAUUCUUUAGGCCUUUAUGUGCAAAAACUGUGAUUUACAAAUAUAUUUUCUUUCAUAUGUCUGUUGAAUAAAAUUAGUUUAUUUUACUCCAAAUAAGUUAUUUGGACCAAUUGCAAAGAGGCAGUAUUUAUAAUCUACAUUUGGAACAGCCUAUUAUAAUACCCAAACUGCAACAAAAAGUCGUGUUUGUCUUGGUUUGUACUUGGUAAUUGGGCUAUUGAUUCUAAAAUUACUUGAUCCACUGGUUUUUGGCUACCUGGGAAUAAUAGGGUUACAUUUCAAUGUGAUAACCGUUUUAAAUUCUUACGGAGAGUGUUUAUAAUUGCCAAUGUAUCUAAUAGUUUUUGGCUUGUCACACUACAGGAUUUCUGACUUUUGAUAAUGUUUUAAUAUAUGUAAAUGUUACCAUGCUAAAUGUAAUAUUCUAAUCUGUAACCAUGAGCAAAUAUGUCCUAACAAUUAUUUUCUCAAUUCACUUCUUGUACUUCAGUUUAAGUUUAGGUGAUUGGAUUGUGUUUUUUUAUCUUUGUUGCAUAGGUUGUACAUCUAUGACCAGAGCACCUUGACAUUAUAAAAACUCAUUGAUUUUUAUUCUGUUAGUCUGCACAAAGUGUACCCCAGCAAGUCAGAUUGUUUAAAAAACAUUACUUGCUCUUAUUUCAUAGAAAUUAAUUGAGCCUCGAAAAAUAAUAUUUCUAUACUAUAGAGUGAUGCAGUGGAUAUAGGCCCUUCGGUCCAAUUUGCCCAUACCAGCCAGAAUGUCCCAACUAUACUAUUCCCACCUGCCUGCAUUUGGUCCAUAUCCCUCCAAACCUGAUGUAUCCAUGUUCAAGAAGGAACUGCAGAUGCUGGAAAAUCAAAGAUACACCAAAGUGCUGGAGAAACUCAGCAGGUGCGGCAGCAUCUAUGGAGCGAACGAAAUAGGCAACGUUUUGGGCCGAAACCCCAGUCCGAAGAAGGGUUUCGGCCCGAAACGUUGCCUAUUUCCUUCGCCUGUUGUAUCCAUGUACCAGUCUUAACUGUUUCUUAUACGUUGGGAUAGUUGAAUUCAAUAGACCAUUAGCAUAUCCUACAUUGGAAAUUGGUUGUAAGCUGAAUGCUGCUGAUUUCCUCUGGGUUAUUGAAACCCAUGAUUUAGAGAGGACAUUGAGGAGUGGAGGGAAGCACAUUUGUUUAGCUUCUUGAUAGGCCAAACUGUGUUUUCAUAAGUGAUAGAAGCAGAAUUAGGCCAUUCGGCCCAUCAUCUACUCCCCCAUUCAAUCAUGGCUGAUCUAUCUUUCCCACAGUCCCACUUUCCUGUCUUCUCCCCAUAACCCCUGAUACAUGUACUGAUCAAGAAUCUAUCUAUCUCUGCCUUAAAUAUAUCCAUUGACGGCCUCCACAGCCUUCUCUGGCAAUGAAUUCCCUCUGACUAAAGAAACUCCUCCUUAUCUCCUUCGUAAAGGAAUGUCCUUUUAUCCUGACGCUAUGACCUCUGGUCCUAGACUAUCUCCUGGUGCAAACAUCCUCUCCACAUCCACUCUAUCCAGGCCUUGUAUGAGUCAAAGGACAGCUUAAUGGCACCCAAUGCACCCAAGAAUUAAAGAGGUACAACCAUCAGCCUGGAAAGUCAAGGAGGUAGGAAUAACUGGGCUGGAGAAUAUUUUUAAACAAAGCUAAUUAGUUACAGGGAAAAUGUAUUCAUUUAAAUUUAGUGCUUUAUGUAGCUACCUGGAACAGUGGCUUUUAUUCUAAUGUUAUGUGGCAGCCCUAUGGUACAGAAUAAAUUAAAAAUCAGGUUUUGCAAUUCUGUUUGUUGACAUAUAAUAUGGAAAAGAAACUCAGUAUUUUUAUUUUUUCAUCAUUGAUCGCAACCCCCUAAAUAAUGAAGCUGCUUUUUUUGGACGUUAGAAAUAGAGGCAGAUGCGAGAUGAGUUAUUUAAUAUGCGACUUUAUUCUUGUGCUCGUAGAUGUUAUGCAUACGAGCUUUGCUUGAAGGAAUAACAGGUAAAUACAAAACCUGAAAGUAGAACCAGCAGAAAGUCAAGAUGUCUAGAAACUUGAUACAUCUCUUUUGCAAAUGUUUUUCCUUAUCUGGAAACGUAUCAAUAUGAUAUGAAGCUAUUUAUGGUUAUGGUCAUCUACUGUAGCCUCUUAUUAUCUUUGAGGUAAUUUUGAAUUGUAUUAUGUGUAUAAAUAUGAAGCAAUUCAAAUAUAAAAUCGGACAUCGUGCCUAUAUAGUCUAUAUGCCAAUUUUUGAGCAAGCAGCUUCUGCAGUGAAUGGGAAGAAAACUUAUUUCAUAUGGAAUGGGGGAAAAAGUAUACUAUGGUAGCUAUUCAGAGCUUACCACAUGCCAAGCAUUCUGACAUGGAAAUGUCUGCUGGCCCAAGUGAACCACAAAUAGAAGCAACUGUGCACUUAGACCCAGCUUAUCAUCAGAGUUUCGCAUUCCAGGUUCGCAAUUCAGAAUGUGUAAGAAGGAACUGCAAAUGCUGGUUUAAUCUGAAGAUAGACACAAAAAGCUGGAGUAACAGGCAGCAUCUCUGGAGAGAAGGAAUGGGACGUUUCGGGUCAAGAUCCUUCUUCAGACUCAAGAAGGGUCUCGACCCGAAAUGUCACCCAUUCCUUCCCUCCAGAGAUGUUGCCUGUCCCGCUGAGUUACUCCAGCAUUUUGUGUCUAUCUUCGUAAUUCUGAAAUUCCUGUGAGAAAAAAGGAAAGCUGCUGUUUUAAUUGCAUAUGCAAAAUUUCUCUUCAAUGAAUAGAUUAGUUAAUUAAAAAAACAAGAUAUGCAAAUAAAUGUUAUUUAAAGUGCUGCAUACAAACUAUGCUAUCAUACAAAAUAGAAGCAUUUGAAAAAUGAAUUAUUCUUCUAGGAUUGUGUUGGAUGGACUAUUCAGUGAUCUCAUUGUUAUUUUUGUGAGGUUUUUUUUCUGAAUACCCUGGUUUUUGCCAUGAAUUAUUUUUCCUUCCUCUGUAUCAAAGCUGGUGAUUUUCUGCUAGCCCAUUCUCUGGAGCCUGCCCAAUCUGAGAGUCUUGAUGAAAGUGUCGCCAGGCGUCUUUCAUCUUAUCUACAGUGCCAUGGUUGUGACUGAUCCCGUUCUAUUGCAGCCGCCAUAAAUAUACUUCCAGCAAAUAUUUCAGAUCACCGAAUUUGAGAGAAAAUAACGUUUAUGGUCCCUAUUUCCCCUCCUUCUUCCCGCAACUGAAAUACGUCUCUUCCUUCCCCUUUUGAUCUAUGAAUGGGAUCAAAUGACACAGCAUAGCCUUUAUGGUAUGUCUACUAUUCUCAGGAUAAAAAUGCUUCAUUAUUGGCAACAUUGAAAAUGGAAAUGUUUGUUUUAAAUUAAGAAAUAAACUUUUGCUGAUUUGUGUA